AUGGCACAGCAGACGAUUCAGCUGGAUCAAGAAAAAUUGAGCUGUUCCAUCUGUCUGGAUCUCCUAAAGGAUCCAGUCACUAUUCCCUGUGGGCACAGCUACUGCAUGAGCUGUAUCAAAACAUAUUGGGACGAGAAGGAAACCCACAGUUGCCCCCAGUGCAGGAAGACUUAUACAGUGAGGCCUGUCCUGGUGAAAAACAGCAUAUUUGCUGAGUUAGUGGAGGACGUAAAGAAAGCAGGACCAGCUGCUUCAUCUGAUCAUGCCUAUGCUGGACCUGAAGACGUGGCCUGUGAUUUCUGUUCUGGGAGGAAGCUGAAAGCCUCCAAGUCCUGCCUGGUGUGUAUGGCUUCUUACUGUGAGCAGCACCUCCAGCCUCACUACAACGUAGCUCCACUAAAGAAACACAAGCUGGUCAAAGCCACUUCAAAGCUUCAGGAGAACAUCUGCCCUCGCCAUGAUGAGGUGAUGAAGAUCUUCUGCCGCACUGAUCAGCAGUGUAUCUGUUAUCUCUGCUUAAUGGAUGAACACAAAGACCAUGUCACAGUGUCAGCUGCAGCAGAAAGAGCUGAGAAGCAGAAAGAUCUAGCAGGGAAUCGACAGAACAUCCAACAGAGAAUCCAGGACAGAGAGAAAGAUAUGAGGGUGCUUCAUGAGGAGGUGAAGGCCAUCAAUCUUUCUGCUGAUAAAACAGUGAAGGAGAGUGAGGAGUUGGUCAAAGACCUGAUCAAUCUAAUUGAGAAAAAAAGCUCUGAGGUGAAGCAGAAGAUUAGAUCCAAGCAGAAAACUGAACAGAACAGAGUCAAAGAGCUUCAGGAGAAGCUAGAGCAGGAGAUCAGGGAGCUGAGGAGGAGAGACACUGAACUGGAGCAGCUCUCACUGACUGAAGAUCACCUCCAUUUUCUGAAAAGCUACUCCUCACUGUCACAUCUGAGUGCAUCUACAAACGUACCCACUAUCAGUGUUCAACCUCAACAGUACUUUAAGGAUAUGAUGCUGGAAGCGUCACACCUCAGAAAUAAACUACAGGCCGCUUUGAGUGAAGAGCCAACAAACACCUGUCAGAAAAUGACUCAAGUGGAUCUAAAAGAGCCCGUAACUAGACAUGAGUUUUUGGAAUACGCCUGUCAGAUCACACUGGAUCCAAAGACUGCAAAUCCAUAUUUAUCUCUGAGUAUGAGCAACAGGAAGGCAAUGCUGACGCAAGUCGAACACUUGGUUUCCAGUCAUCCGAAAAGGUUCUUACCAUGGUGGCAGGUGAUGAGUUCUGAUGGUCUGACUGGAUGUUGUUACUGGGAAGUAAAGUGGAGUGGUAAAGUUUUAAUUGCAGUUGCAUACAAUGACAUUAGUAGAACAGGAAGCAGGAUUAAAUGUGGAUUUGGAAAUAAUGAGAAAUCGUGGGCACUGGAAUGUGGGACUGGUAAUUAUGUAUUCAGACACAACAGCAUUUCCACUUUAAUCUCAGGCCCUCAAUCAUCCAGAAUAGGAGUAUAUUUGGAUCACAGGGCAGGAACUCUUUCUUUCUACAGCGUCACUAAGACCAUGAAUCUCCUCCACAGAGUCCAGACCAGGUUCACUCAGCCUCUCUAUCCUGGUUUUUGGCUGGGAGCAUUUGUUGGAGCCACUGUUGAGUUGUGUAAGUUAAAGUAGACCAGAGUGAUGACUGAUCUGUGGUGAACAGUAAAAUAAUAUAUGCUGAGAUGUGGCUGCGCCGCUGAGGUCAAACUCUGUGGGUGAGAAUUUAAAAAAAUUGAAAAAUACAGCAUUUAUAAAAGCAGGUAUACUUAAAACAUAUGGAGAUUUUAUAACAAUAAAACUUGAGUUAGAAAGUGUUUUGAUUUAUUCAUUUAAAUAAACCUAUUAAUUUCUCUGACCACAAUCAUCUCCAAAAUGAAUGUAUUAUGAUGUAAGAAAAUGUCAUUAUAAUUUAUAUAUUCAUUAAUUUAAUGUCUAUAUUUGUUGCUUGGUAUUUUGUAUGCUGUGUAUUCUUCUUGUGUAUAUUGUAAAGCUGUUUUAAUGAUAUUACAAAAUCACAGCAGUAUUAAAUGUAAAUUUAAGCACGUUUAAUUUAAGCCAUUCUGAAUAAUGACUAAAUUUACUUUUGGUACUUAAGUAGCUAUAAUGUUAUCACUAAUACUUUC